CAACGGCAAAAAUGACAUCGCAGGACACGGGAGACUCUCCGGCAAACGUCGCCGCGCUGGAGCGGGUCGUCGCAUUCGUGAAGAAGCAACGACCUCGUGCCCUGACAAAGGAAGAGCGUCUGGAUAUUUUGAUGCUGUACGCACGCAUGGCGCUGGACGGAGAGAAGGACGUGUGCAACCGUGUGGCGAACCUUCUCGGCCGGAAUCGGCAUGUGGUGCAAGCCGUUUGGCGCGACUUUCGCACGACAGAAAGUGUGUGUGUGCGGCAAGUCGCGGGAAAUAGAGUGAACCACCCGACGCGGUUUCCUCGAACUGAGGCUGUGGUGUCGCUCGUGCUGGGCUUUGUCACGAAUCACCGCGGAACUGGCGUCACGAGCACCGAAGUGUUGACGUGUCUCGAGCAGAACAACGUACUUCAAGUCGACAGGGGCAAUACGAAGAAGCUGGCUGCGUCCAUACGCUCGGUUACACGUUUUCUGCACACCAUCGACGGCGUGGUCAAGUCGGCUGACGGACGAAACUGUCAUUUCGUUGAAUCUCCGACAAUGAGCCGUCCGUCACCGCGGCUGCUAGCCGCGACGCCGUCAGCCCCAGUUGGCUCUCACGUGAAGAAGGAAUCGUUGAAUCCGCUGUGGAAGACGUGGGACGCCAGGAGCGUCAAAUCUGGCGCUCAUCACUCCGUGUAUUGGGUCAAGCACAGCUCCGAGUCCAACGAAGACAAGUACGGCCACGUCGAGUUAGGCAAGUCGACGUUUGUCCAGGCCGCCAAGUACACGGGCGACUGGCAAAAUGACAUGAAGUGCGGGUACGGCACACAGCAGUGCGCAAGCGGCAACAAGUACGAAGGCGAGUGGAAAGACGGUCUGCGCCAUGGAAAAGGGAUAUUCUGGGUGAAACGUAAUGGCAAGCUGCGCAAGCAGUACACGGGCGACUGGGCGGUCGACAAACGCGAGGGAUUGGGGGUGUUCUACUACGAAGACGGGGGCAAGUUUGAAGGGUUCUGGGCUGGCAAUGCGCGGCAGGGCAAGGGGCGAAUGACCUACCCGGAUGGAUCGGUGUACGAGGGCCACUGGGUUGACAAUGAGCGCAGCGGGAUGGGCGUGUGGAGCAUGCCCAACGGCAAUCGAUACGAAGGGUACUGGCUCCACGACAAGAAAGAAGGCCCUGGUCGGUUCUACUACAAGUCGACGGGCAAGGUGUACGAGGCUGAGUGGCAAAACGACACAGCCAAGUGCGGGACUUACCAUGACAGCGGUGACACCGAGUGGGACUCGGCUGCCACGACCGAGGCAUUCACGUUGCCUGAGCUCGAGCUGGCCGCACCCGAGAGCGUGCUCAACGACACGAUUCUCCAACUGCGCGAGGCUCGGCUCAAGGAGCAAGUGCGUCGCAACAGUCGAUCGCCGUCAGCGCCUUCGUCCGUUGUGUUCACACUGUCGGAGGCGGUGCAGCGCCGCGUCCAGGAAGAGUUUCACGCGAUCGAUUACCAUCGCAGAGGCGUCAUUCGGUGUGUUGACAUCGUGCAGAUUCUCCAGGACGUUGUUGACCAACACGACGAGACCAACUACCACGUUCGCGUCGAAGCGCUGCUCCACGAGCUCGGGGCGUCCUACGACACCGCCAUCACCCUCCCCGAGUGCAUGGAUAUCGUAGCGUUGCUCAUGGAGCCCGACGAAGAUCAGCCCAAGCAACAUCGCGACGGCUGCGACGAGAAAGCCCACGACUGACGCACCUUGAAUGAAUGAUGGGAGGACCGCGACAGUGAAUCGAGGUGUAGAGUCACCAACGGGCUAACCCAACAGCGUUGUCCCAGUCCCA